AAGACGUACGUUCACUCCAUCCGAGUCUGUCGAGUGUGUUGCAUCGUUCCAUCCUCCCCUCCCGGUUUGCUGAUUAUCACAACAACUCUCUCUCUCUCUCUCUUUCACGUAUUUUCAUUGUCUUCGGAGACGUUUAAAGAUUGGUUUCCUUUUCGUUGGAACUGAAAAUAUCGCCCCAAGUGCUUCUUUCUUCAGGGACGGGGGUUCCAAUUUUUGUCGUGCUGAUUCAUUUUCGCCAAUCGGAAGAACAUGAAGUCGUCUUGCAGUUUAACAGUGGUUGUGCUUACCUUGUUGGCGCUGACUGUAGGCGCACGAGCCUUGUCGCUCGAUGAUGAUUACGACGAAGAGGAGCUGCUGAUUGCGGAGGCCCUUAAAGGCAGCGUCGAAGAGGUGUCGAGCAGACGACCGUCUUCGGCCAAUCGUGGACAGCAGAGGCGAGUGUUUUCAUCCGGAGAAGAGGAACAGCUGAUCAGCAUCCCGCCCGUCCUUGUCACCAACUGGGGACUGGCUCUGGUCGAUGGGGCCGAGAUAAAAAAGGUGUUGGACGAGGAGAACGAUAUCGGCAUCUCGUUCGAGGAACUCAGCCAAUUCCAACUGGAAUUCGGCAAGAGGACGGACAACACCAAGAAGCGCAAGGGCAAUCUAUUCAACCCGCCUGGAUCGCAGGUGAAACUGAGCAAUUCCAACGAUCAAAUCAACACCAUCAUCCGUACCAAAGCCAAGGCUAAAUUGAACAUCACCGCUGCUGCCUUGGAUGAGACGGAAGGCAUCCGCCAGCCGCAAUUCUUACGCAAAAUCACCGACAGUGCCAAGAGCACCGGAGUCAAUGAAUUAAAGGCCAUCGAAGUUGAGAGCAUCAAACCGACCGUCACUGUCAAGCCGGCCGUUUCCGGCGAGUUGUCCAAGUUCCUGGACCUGGAACAAUCAACAACAACCACCGCAACUACCACAACAACGGAAAAUCCAUCGACUUUGUUCCCAACUUUCCCUCGCAAUCGAGUCAGAACAACAACAACAUCAAUUGCUCCGACGACCGUUGAAGCUGUGACGGAUGUUCCAGUCGAGCAAGUGGCAGCCAGUACAACAACCGAGGCCGCACCAAUUACCACAGUUGCAUCCACCACGUUCGAACCUGUGACAUCAACGACUCGGCUCCCACCACGCAGCAGCACGCCGAUGAAUCCAUCGAUUUUCGCACGCAGUUCUUUCUCACCGAUCACGUUCUCUUUGACGACCGAAAGGCCUUCUGUCCCGUUGACGACUGUCGAUUCGACCCUAACGGAGGGAUCUGUUACAACCACAUCGAUCCCCACGACCACUAACGAAGAUGACGAAAUCACUGAAGAUGACAUCGAAGAUCCUGAGACGAUUUCAGAAGCUGCCAUCGUCAAUAGUUUCGAAUCGAGCAGAGAGGGCAGCACGGGUCGUGUCAAGGAAACUGGAUCCCGAUUGUUCGGUUCGGGACGUAUCAGAUCCACCACCACCGCAGCAACAACAACAACAGUCCAGUCAUCGGAAGAUCCGGUUGUGACCGUCCAAUCGGAAGUGACAACGGCCGAGACGAAGACGGAAGAAAGUGCAGCCAUCACGACGACGGAGACAUUGACAACAUCUACGGAAUCAUCGUCAACAGCUUCGGUUCUUGUUACGGACCCUACCGUUGAUCUUUCCAAACCGUUUACGUUCACCAUCGUCACGCCGGAGAAGACGACCGUCACAAUCACGAGGACACCCCCGCCAUCAUCUUCGUUGAAGACGACCCCAACUGUCACGGCCGAGGCGUUUGCUGCAGCUGUUUCGGCUUCGAUCAACGGGGCAACAUCGACGACCGCAACGCCUCCUGUCGUUAGAACAGCUCCGAUUAACAGUCGGAGCAGAGUGAGGCCAGUGACUGGCAAUCGAGCUGAUCAAAUUAUUCGCACCAUCGGCAAUGUCUUCGGGACCAACAACAACAACAACAACGCCGCAGGAACGAAUACCAACUCUUCGUCUAGACGUACGAGACCCAUCAAUCGCAACAUAUUCAACACGGUUACCGAUGCGACGACAACAACCACGUCAACGGAAGCGGUAACUACAUCCAGCGAGCAGCCCAACAUUCAGACCGCUUCCAAUGUUGUUGCUGAAUCAACAACAAUUGCACCGGUCGACGAGGUUGCAACAGAGAAUCAAGUGUCGUCGACCCCAUCGAUCGCAGUGUCUUUUAUCCGACGAAGACCAACAACAACAACAGAAGCCUCAACAACAACGGAAAGCUCAACAACCGUAACAACAACAACAGAGGCAGAGAAAGAAAACAAGUCGGAUGAAGCCCUUGGUAUCGACGCAGAGGCGAUCGUCAACAAACGAGUUCGACCCAUCAACCGCAACAUUUUCAACAGAGUUACAAACCCAACAACAACAACAACAACAGCAACUGUUCAGAUUGAUGAGACGACCGUAGAAUUAGUCACCGAAGCUCAGACGUCCAGCCCAACAACAUCAGCAGCGCCAAGGGCUGGACCCCAGGCUGUUAGAUCAACGACUCGAUCGAUUUUCGAUUCGUUUUUUACGACGACAACCGAACCGACCGAAUCUACCAGCGCCACGACGGUUGAAUCCGAAGUGAAACCAAGCGAGGCCACAACUGCCGUGAUUACAUCUACGACCACAACCGAGUCGCCGACCACGAUUACUAGCACAACAGAAGCAUCAACGACAUCGACUACAACAGCCGAACCAACUUCUACACGUCGUGGAGGUAAUCGGAGAAUCGGAGGACGUAGGCCUUCGCCUGCUGUCGCGACAUCGACAACUGCUGCAUCCGUUGCGACCGAUGAUAUACCCGUAGCAGCCGUUCAAGGAGGAGGACAAUCAUUCGGCGGCCGACGUCCUGGAGCUAUUCGCAGGAGACCGACGUCAACAACGGCCCGAUCUGUAGAAGACAGUCCAGUAGAAAAUCAGGUGUCUAUUUCAACCCCGACGGUGGUAGUUUCUCUGCCCAAUAACCGAAGAAGGCUAUCAACAACAACAACAACAACUGAAAGCCCAACCACGGUGAAGGUCGACCCGACCACCACCAUCGCUCCGGUUCUGCUGGAGGAAUCCGUCACUACCCCAAUCCCACAAGAAGUGAACGUCGAAACAACUCAGGUGACUGAGCCCGUUGUCGUCUCGACAACAACCACAACAACCACAGUUGAGCCUUCUACGACCACCAGCCAAGCGGCUGUUGCAACCGAAAGCUCUUCCAUCAGCACAGCGGGCGGUCAAGAAGACAACGUGACAGUCGCCGAUAGCCAAUCAACGGAGACCCCCAAAAGUGUAGUUUCUCUUUUCGCCGGUAGGAGAAGAACAACCGCUGUUCCCAGCACGACCACGGCUGCCAAUGACGCUGUUGAAUUGAUUACAACGACGACGACAACAACCGCAGUUCCAGCCAUUGCUGUCACAGCUCGUCUGGCAAUUAGACGAAGGCCGACUGUUUCAACAGCGGCCACGACGACCGCUGCUUCCAUCGCCGAAGUCACCAGCGAAUCGAGUUCAACUACGGUCCGCGCAAACAACAAUGGCGGCGCAAUUGCUUCUCUCUUUGGUGGUCGAAGGAGAACGACGACUGCCAGUCCGGUAGUUAACGAGGCUCCAAUUCAAGCGGAGAACGCUGGAACAGGAUCUGCCGCAGUGGCUAGUUUGAUCAGCGCUAGACGGCCAGGGUCCGGACGGACGACUACCACGCCAACGACCACUACGACUCAGGAUGUUGUCGUCGAUUCGGCUGAACAACUGCUGGACGAGGAGAUCGAUGAGAACAUCGAUGUUUUCGACGAUGAAGAAGUUGUUGAGGAAGAAGAGAAUUUCUCAGUGGAAUCGUUUGGCAUUUCUUCGAAUUCCUUCGGAGGUAGAAGGAGGCCCAGCAGCACGGCCGCGCCCAUCUCCACGACGGGAUUGACUGGACUGUUGAGCGGAAGACGGCCAGGAGGUGGCCGUAGGAUCGAUACGAGCGUCCCAGCUGCCCAGGCUGUUGAGGCGGUAACUCAAGCACAGACAUCGACUGAAGCAGCGGCCGCUGUUGGUGGACUGGCCAGUCUUUUAGCUCGACGGCCUGCAGCUAGAACUACAACAACGACCGAAGCUGCAGUUCUAACUGAAUCGAACGAUGGAAUAGGAUCAGCUGCAGUGGCCAGCAUCAUUAGCGGUAGAAGGCCAGGAACGGGACGGACGACAACUGCCAGACCGACAUCUGAUGAUCAGGCAACGUCUGGAACAUCGAACGACACUCCGGUGACCAACAACGCAACGAACGGAAUCGCCGGCCUCUUUGGUGGCCGAAGACCCGGUGCUGGCCGGACAACAACAGCCCGUGCCAUCACCGAAUCGCAAAAUGGCACCGAAACAGAAGCGGCUGUUCCAGUCGCCACAGCCAACAAUACCUUGGCCAGUCUCGUGAGCGGACGUCGGCCAGGAGUCCGAACUACUACGACGACAGUUGCACCUCUACUGGCAGUUGAAUCAAACGAUGAAGCGUCCGACGAUGAAGUCCCAACGACUGUUACUACCCCGACUGAGGCGGUUGAAACUUCAUCCACUCCAGGUGGACUGGCCGGCCUUUUAGCUCGUCGCCCGUCAGUCAGAACAACGACAACAACCGAAGCUCCAGUGCGAAUUGAAUCGAAUGCUGGAACAGGAUCAGCUGCAGUGGCCAGUAUCAUCAGUGGACGGCGACCUGGAACUCGGACAACCACUGCCCGUGCAGUGACCAUUGAAUCGUCCAGUCCUGCUGAAGUAGAAGAGAAUCCAUCGGCUUCAAAUGCAACUUCAUCUACUGAAGCCACUGUCGCAUCCACCAAUGGAUUAGCCGGAUUACUCGCCAGACGGCCGGCCAGACCAACUACAACGACCACGACCACAGCGCUGCCGGUCGAGGAAACGACAACUGUCCGGCUAACACCUACAAGAGCUCCAGCCAACCGCUUCCGUCCGCUUACCUUGUCCACCACACCGGAGUCUUUGUUGGAAGUCGAACUUCCGGCCCUUUCCGCCCGUACUACUCGACUCUUGAGAAAUCGUACAUCUAAUACGCCGGAAGUGAACGGCGUUUCCAUUCAAGCGCAACAAAUUGGCGAGAGGAUCCGAUCGAGAGGCCGAAGUGCCAGUUCGGGAAUUGCCAGCACGACUAGCACUUCGACUGCCAGUAGCACGACGGUCACGGACGCGACAACAACUGCAGCAACAACAGAGGUACCAAUCACAACGACCACAUCUGCUCCGGUGACCACCAUUCAAACGGUAGCGGAUGUAGUGCAGCAAGAGUCAACAACAGUUGCGCCGACGUUGAUUGAAACCAGCAGCGCAGUCACUGCCGUGCCGGAUGAUUCUUCAAUCACCCUCUUCCCGGAGGGCGCCAUCGUGUUGGGUUUCUCUUCUUCGACCGAAAUCAGUGAGGUCAUCCAGAUUGUGGGCGAACUGCCACCGCGUUCGUCACGCAACGUCAGCAAUGACGGCAACAGCAAUCAAACGCCGCAAUGAUGGUUGUGUCUGGUGGUACUGAUGGUAGGACUAGUGAUUUCAUAUUAAAGAUAUGUGCUAGAAAAUGCAAAAAAAAUAUGAUAGGGCGUCGAGUUGAAGAGAGGGGGGGUUCAAAAACAACAACAACAGAAAUCCACAGUACCAUCUGUGAUGAGGAUUGACGAUGUAAAGCUCUAAUUAUUUUUAAAUGACUUGUCGGCUGUAUAUAUGGGUGUGUAAUAAUAAAACCUUUGCAUAUUCUUCAAUCCUUCGAUGCAAAUACAACGUUCUGAUGUAGAAAAUAACAACAGAUAUAGUCUUUUUACUAACUCGAUAUUUCGUGUUUGUUUUUUUUUUUUACUCUGCUGAUAUUAUAGAUUCCUUUUUGGUUUAUUAUUUUUCUAUUAAGCGCAAUGAUUCGACUAGCUCACAUUGAACCAUUGUUUGAGCGAUGAUGAAUGAAUUUUUCGUUUACUCGUUUUUUUUUCCUUUUUUCCGGCUCAAAAUUUCGUGUUUUUUUUUUUCUUAACCGGUACAGUAUUUUAUUAUUUCUAAAUGGUAUAUUAGUACAUUGUAUUCAAACAUUAUGCAGAAAUGGAAAAGAAAAAUGUAUAAAAUAUACGAGCGUGAAUUGCUAUUAAACUCUACU